GUGGCUACUCUGCUUUGUUGUUCUGGUCUUAAAAUGGCCGACAGAAUACACAUCAUUUCAGGCAGCGAACAGUAAAAUUCGAGGAUCUGAUCUGUUUUACGCAACAAUUCGUACUUAUCGCCUCUGAUUAUCGUUCUGUCAGGACUGAAUUAGAAAAUAAUAUCUGUUGUCGCUAUUGACGUGCGAUAUAUGACAUAUCGUGAAAGAAAAGAAUAUGGGGCAGACACUGUCAGAGCCAGUCACAGAAAAGGAGUCUGCAUGUUGUCAAAAUCAACUGUACAGAGUGGGUUCUAGCUGCAUGCAGGGAUGGCGUAUAAAUAUGGAAGACUCGCACACCCAUCUCUUAUCACUUCCGGAUGACCCAGGGACUGCAUUUUUUGCUGUCUAUGAUGGACACGGAGGUGCCAAGAUCGCUCAGUAUGCAGGAAAACACCUACACAAAUUUAUUUUGCAGCGACCAGAGUAUAAAGAAGGAUUAAUACCAGAUGCUAUGAAGCAAGGGUUUUUGGAUGUUGAUACUGCAAUGCUUGAAGAUGAAGCACUGAAAGAUGAAAUGGCUGGGACAACUGCAGUUGCUGUACUAAUCAAAAACAAUUCUCUUUUCUGUGCCAAUGUAGGGGACUCCAGAGCAAUUGCAAGUGUUGCAGGUAGGGUAGAACCCCUGUCUUAUGAUCACAAGCCUAGCAAUUAUGCAGAAAAAAAGAGAAUAGUCGCUGCUGGGGGCUGGGUAGAAUACAACCGUGUCAAUGGGAAUUUGGCUCUUUCAAGAGCAUUAGGUGACUUCAUCUUCAAGAAGAACCAAAGAGUUCGACCAGAGGAACAAAUUGUUACAGCUUUUCCGGAUGUGGAAGAUAAAACCAUCACACCGGAUUGGGAGUUUAUUAUCCUUGCAUGUGAUGGUAUUUGGGAUGUUAUGACUAAUGAGGAAGUUGUUGAGUUUGUCAGAAUGCGAAUUGGAUCAGGCAUGGAUCCUGAAGAUAUUUGUGAGGACCUUAUGAAUUGUUGCUUGGCUCCUGAUUGUCAGAUGGGUGGUCUUGGUUGUGACAAUAUGACUGUUGUAUUAGUGUGCUUUUUGCAUGGAAAGUCUUAUGAGGACCUGUCAGCACGCUGUUCAAUUGAACCAGAGCCAUUACCAGACCCUGCAUCAACGACUCCUGAACUUGAAUACUAGUCAUCUUUAAAGUAAGGUUAAUGUAAUUGUUUAGGACUAAAUCCCCUAUUAAAUUUUUAAAGCCAAAUAUUUUCUCUAUAAUGCUUUGUUCUGCAUUUAAUUGUCUUUGUUUUCUGAACCAAAAGCUUUAAAUCUUUUUAGGUUUUUUUAGUAUCUGUUCCCAUGUGUUUAUUAGUGCCAUUCUUUCAUGUGCUGCUUUUCUAUAAAUUUUGGCCACCUGUAACUAUGACUUACACAAUUCUUGGUUGUGUCUUAAACAUGAAUUUAAUAUUUGAAAGUUUAACAGUGGCAGCAAACUUCUAUUUCAAUCAUUGCAGCUAUUUUAAAUUGAUGAAAGUGCUCCUUACCUGUCUAUGAAGUUAAAUAAUGACAUUUUCUUUAACAAAUUCAUAUUGUUAGUCUGAUUUUUGUUUCUUUUGAGACUACUUUUGUCAUACUGUUCUGAAGAGUUAGUGUUGAAACCUAUUAAUUAAACUUUAUUCUGUUGUCAUUAUUAUUGUUUUUAAGGCUUUUCAAAGCCAUUUUUAUCAUGUUGAUUGGGUCUGGGUUUGCAUGCAAUUUGUUCUUAAUGGCAUGUGAAAUUUAUGAACUACCCAUUCCUUACAUUAUGAUUUGCUACUUAAAGUAAUCUAAGGUUGUUAGAUGACAGGUUGGCAAUUUCUGACAUUUUAAUGAGGCUGCAAAGUGCCUCUUAUCAGGUUGUUCUGCAUCAAUUUUCUUAAUGAUAUGCAUGACUUAGUAAAAUUGGUUGUUUGAUAGCAUUGCAAAUCUCAUUAGCAAUGUUGUGAUCUAAGGUUUUCUUGGUCCACAGAUUUGUAGACUUCCAUGUGUUUUACUGGUUUGUAAGUAAUUCUGGAAUGAACUACUUAUUGUUUGACAAACAAGAGGAAUACAGUCCCCUAAAAUUUCAAUUUUUUAGUUGUCUUCUUUUUGUGGAUUUUGUGUUGAAACACUUUUAAGCUUCUGUGAACUUGCUUAAAACCUUAUUGACUCUCACUAUGACAGCAGAGGAAACUACCGUUAAACAGGCUAAGAUGGACCAUGUGAGGUAAUGUGGACCACCCUCCUAUGCUCUGCUUGACCACUGAGCUGUCGCCCAACAUUGUUAGGAAUACGACUAAGUGGUAGUAUGAGUUGAGCAGAAGCGGAAUAUAGAAAAAAAGAAGGUGGUCCACUUCACCCCGCAUGGUCCAUAUUACCGUUUUACGGUAGUCAUUGAUAGUCUCAGUUGCAUGCAAAAGUACCUAAGUAACAAUUAUUUUUAUAUCUGCUCGUCAAUCAAUGUCUGUCUUCCUCUUGUUCUUCUGUAAUGUACACCUUUGGUUAUCUCCUUUAAUGGCACCAAUUUAUUGAGAUUUAAAUGCAGUUCAACUACAGUAAUCUAUAUUCUCUGUGACUACAAUGGAAAGGUAAUGAUCUCAAAUUAGUACUUUUGACCAUUGUACCUACUGAAAUUCAUAAUUUGUCAAAUACUUUCUCUUGGCUGAUUGUAUUUUAAUCUGAUGCAUGCUCAGAAGCGCAUAAAUUUAUACAGUAAUUAGUAAGUACUGAUGAUGUAAGCAUCCAAAACUAUUCCAAGAAUCAGAAUUUUUGCCCAGUGAAUUGUAAUAUUUUGCAGGCAUUAUUUUGUGCCUUUUUUUUAAAAUUUGAAAAUAUCUACACUAAGGGGAAGAUGUAGGUAGUACUUUGGUGACUUGAUACUAAGUGUAUCUCAUGAUCUUGUUAGUAAUCUGUUUUUUUUUUUUUGUUUUUUUUUCAAAAAAAACUAUAAAAAUAUAAAAUAAAAAAAUAUCUUAAUACGUAGAAGCAGAAAAAAAGAGGUGUGAGGUAACUGUUGAAACCGGUCAACGGUCCUCAUGGGAUGCUGUAGUAAUUGUAUGGACGUGAUAUUUGCUUACUGUUUUAGUGAUCCCUCUAAUGUUUCGUGUUAAACACCUACCUACAGUGAAACCAGCUCAUAACGUGGAUCCCAAGGAAUGACCAGAAGUUAUGUUUUAAGCGAGAUUUUUAACACACAGCUGUAUAAAAAUGUGACAUUCUAUCGGGCGUACGUAAUAAGUGAGUCUCACUGUACUUGUACGAUAUUCUUUUCAUGAAUUGAAGUGCAGCACAUUUAAUCUCAAUUCUCAGAACUUUUCAUACUGAUAGUGUCUGUAUUGUGUCAAACCUAUUUUUACUAUCUGCUCUGUGAUUUCCAAAAUUAUUUUCAACUGUGAAUGUGGAAUGUUGAGGCUGAUCUUUUCAAAUUAUUUUAGGUACUUGAUUUGAGUGUGAUAGAGCUCAAAUCUUAAUUUCAUAAACUUGAUGUGAGUGGAGCACAAAUUUGUAGUAAUGAGUUUUAAGAAAUCUUGACUAUUUUUCUCAGUGUGUCCACAACUCAUUGUGUAUUACCAAUGGAGCACAUUUAAUUUUGUACAAAUUAUGUUACUAUAUCAGAAUACUACUUCCUGUGGUGUUAAUACAGAAACUCAGCCAUUACUCAUUGUGUUAUAGGAACUAAUCACUGAUGGGAUCAAUUUCGUUGUUAUGUAUGAGAUUUUAUAAUGAAUGAAUUCCUAGUUGCUCAUCUCUUCAAAAUAAACAUUUUUACCUAGUUCCAAAUGUCUUACACAGGGAAA